AAAACUUCCUGCGGGAGGAAAACUGUGCCAAUCUCUACUUCUAGAAGUGGAAGUGGAACUGGAGGCGCAGUCUCGGGACAUUCGGGAGCACAAACAAGCCCCAGAAAAACGCACGGAUAUAACGGUGUAACCACGGAUUCGAAGGUGGAGAGCGCGUUUUCUCCUCGACCUUCUCAUUUCUUUAAAAAAGAAAUGGAAGAGAGUUCAAGCUCUCCCGUCUCCCCAGUGGACAGCCUGGUGACCAGCGAGGAGGAGCUGGACAGACAGCAGAAAAGGUUCGGGAGGAAGAGGAGAACCAGUAAAAAGUCGAGCGAGGACAGCAGCAGCCCGAGCUCCGUGAAUAAACGGAGCAAAAAGCCGAGCCCGAGCAGCACGCAGUCGUUCGAGGAGCUGCAGAACCAGCGCGUCCUGGCGAACGUCAGAGAGAGGCAACGGACUCAGUCGCUCAACGAAGCCUUCGCGUCUUUGCGCAAAAUCAUCCCCACGCUCCCCUCGGAUAAACUCAGCAAGAUACAGACGCUCAAGCUCGCCUCCAGGUACAUUGAUUUCCUCUGUCAGGUGCUGCAGAGCGACGAGAUGGACAGCAAGAUGUCGAGCUGCAGCUACGUCGCGCACGAGAGACUCAGUUACGCCUUCUCGGUGUGGAGGAUGGAGGGCGCGUGGUCGAUGUCUGCGUCCCACUAGCGGAGGCACUCGUCUGUCUGAACAAUGCCGAAAGGACUGUUUACUUCCACUAAUUUUGAAGACACCAAAGGAUUUAUUGAUGAACCUCUAAACCUCAGUGACGUGGCCAAAGGACAUUCAGUAGAUACACCUACGGACUUAAGCAUCCUCAUGAAGGACACAGCGAAAGGAGCUUUUUAUAUACUUAGAGGAAACGUAGAUGACGUCUCCUGUGUUGUCAAAUACAUUUAAUCUUUUUCGCAAGUUAUUCUUAAAUGUCGCCAUGGUGAUUGUACAGGAAGGCCAUCGGUUAUCUGUAAGGAAACUAUAUUGCGUGUUUGUCUCAAAACAAAAGAGUUAUAUAUAUAAGAGCAACAAAGUAUUGUACAUAUAGGCUACCUGUGAGUAUUGUCAGCUUUUUUAAGGGACCAAUGCAAUUUAGAGCAAUACUUUCUUGAAGUACACUGCAUGGAUGAAUGCAUACACUUGAUUUUUCCUAUGCAACAUUUUUCGAUUUCCGUCCAUUGUACAUUUUGCUUAUUUAUUAAAACAUAUUUUUGAACA